CGGAGUAUGACGCAGACACAACCCCUCAAUAUAUUUCUUAUCAAGAGAUGAGCCGCAAAGGUAUCAGCAAAUAAGACCUCGGGAACCUCGAGCUAUCUUCUGAAGUCUUUCACUCUUUUCCUCAAUCUCAAGGACAUCUGAAAGUAAUAGCACUGCAAUCAUGGGCAAGAAGAGAGUUUUGGUCAGCUAUGGCGUCGACAUUGAUGCAGUAGCAGGCUGGCUAGGGUCCUACGGUGGUGAAGAUUCAACCAGUGACAUAUCCCGCGGUCUGUUCGCCGGCACAGUGGGUGUCCAACGUCUACUCAAACUCUUCGACAAGUACAAGAUCAAAGCCACUUGGUUCAUCCCCGGCCACACGCUCGAAACAUUCCCUGAAGACUGCGCGGCGAUUAGAGAUAAAGACCAUGAGAUUGGUCUGCAUGGAUACAGUCAUGAGAACCCGGCGGAUAUGACUAUCGAACAGCAGAGGGAUGUGUUGGAUAAGACGUAUAAGAUGUUGACGGAGUUUUGUGGGAAGCCGCCGAAGGGGAGCGUUGCUCCGUGGUGGGAGACUAGUCGUGAAGGAGCAGAACUUUUGCUUUCAUACGGCAUUGAAUACGAUCACUCAAUGAGCCACGAAGAUUGCCAAAUGUACUGGCUAAGAACUGGCGACUCAUGGACCAAAAUCGACUACAGCAAGAAGGCCGAAGAAUGGAUGAAACCCCUCGUCAAAGGCGAAACCACAGGCAUAGUCGAAAUCCCAGCGAAUUGGUACAUUGACGACCUACCACCCAUGAUGUUCAUCAAAAAAGCACCCAAUAGUCAUGGCUGGGUCAGCGCAAAAGACGUCGAACAACUCUGGAUGGAUCAUUUCGACUACUUUUACCGCGAACAUGAUGAAUUUGUUUUUCCCAUGACGAUUCAUCCAGAUGUUAGUGGAAGACCACAUGUGUUGUUGAUGCAUGAGAGGAUCAUUGAACAUAUCAACAAGCAUGAGGGUGUGGAGUGGGUUACGAUGGGGGAGAUGAGUGAUGAAUUCAAGAAGAAGAACUCGCCGCCAGAGGGUGCAUUGAUGCCUGCGACGAGGGAGGAGGUAGAUGAGAUGUUGAAGAAGCAGCAGAAGUAAUGUCUUGUAUUGGUAUGAAGCAUUGGUCUUAUGAAAUCAUCUUCUUAUUUG